AUGACAAAAAUAGCUGAUAACCUCGAGAUAUUCAGCCUUAUUUGGCUUGAUGCAUCAGUGAAUACAUCAAAAGAAAACGUACACGCUCAAUCAGAUCUUCGUGGAAUCAUUAAUUAUCUCAAAACAUUCGACAAUAUUCAAAAAUGCGAAAAAUACAUUCGAAAAUCCCUCGAAUCUGAUCGUAUUGUGCUCAUCGUCAGUGGUGGUUUAGGAAAAGAAAUAGUACCUCAAAUUUAUAAACUUAAACAAGUUUGCUCCAUCUACGUCUACUGCAUGAAUAAGAAGAAGUAUAAGAAAUGGGCGAGUGAAUAUUCAAAAAUCAAAUUAGUAACUACAGACCUCGACGAACUCAUUCAUCGAAUCGAGAAAGAUCAUGCGAAGAAGAAGAAAAUUGAAGAACAAUUUGCGAUCACCUUCUUGGAAGAUAAUGCACCAACAGAUCGAUCGUCAGUUGGUCUCAAUGGACAAUAUCUUCAGUUUCAAUUACUAAUGGAUUCACUUCUUCGCAUAGAAGGCACUGAAGACGACAAAAAAGAGCUGAUUGCUCUUUGUAAAAAAAAGUACAAAGACAACCGAAAAGAACUAACUAAUGUUCGUGAAUUUCAGAAUACCUAUAAGGCCGAUCAAGCCCUAUUCUGGUAUACGAGAGAAUCGUUUCUCUAUCGGAUGUUAAACAAGGCUUUACGUGUGCAAGACACUCGUUUACUUUAUCUUCUGCGAUUUUUUAUCUUUGACCUUUGGAAAGCGAUCGAAAAACAUCGAUGUUCAACACCCAUUUGUACGUAUCGAUCGCAAUCGAUAUCCAAUGAUGAAUUCCGUGGAUUGUCAAAUUCAAUCGGAAAAUUGAUUUCAAUGAGCUCAUUUGUUUCAACCAGUCUUGAUGAAACUAAAGCCCUAGACUUUAUGGAUGCUUCCGAUGACCUCCUACAGGUUUUCUUUGAAAUCGAGGCUGAUCCUCGACUCAGCGGCGUUAAACCAUUUGCCAAUGUAAGUGAACAAAGUGCUCAUCCUGGCGAAAGAGAAGUACUCAUGACAGUCGGAUCUAUAUAUCGUGUUCUUGAUAUUACUCGUGGUGAGAAAAAAGUUUGGAGGAUUAGAAUGCGAUUGUGCAGUGAUAAUGAGAGCAACUUACGAAGUACUUUAGAGCACUUAAAAAAAGAGCAUCAAGGCGAAGGUCUCGAACUAAGACGCCUCUUGUUCGCCACGCGUUUGAUGAAGAUGAAUAAACUGGAUGAAGCCAAAAAUCACCUACUGAUUCUACAUAAAACUUUACCUCCUGAUCAUAAAGAUACUGCUCUUUUGUAUUCCAAGCUUGGAGAACUCGCAUUCGAAAAGGGAGAAUUUCAAGUAAGUCUUGAAUGGCAUCAAAAGGCAUUGGAACGAAAAAAUAAAACGCUCAAACCAAAUGACCCUGAUAUUGCUGAUAGCUACAACCACAUCGGCAAUGUUCAUGCAAGACAAGACAAUAAUCAAGAAGCACAUAAAGCCUAUGUCAAAGCUUUAGAUAUCUGGAAGCAAAAUUUCGGCGAAGAGCACCAGGCGAUAGCUGUUGGUCUCAGUAAUAUAGGGACUGUUUUCAACAAAGAGAAAAAAUACGCCGAAGCACUUCAAUGGCAUAAUAAAGCUCUAAUUAUUCGUAAAAAAACCAUUCCUCCUGAUCAUCCAGAUAUGGCUGUAUCCUACAAUAACCUUGGUCUUGUCUACAGAGAUACUGGACGUUUACCAGAAGCGCUUACACACUUCCAGCAAUCACUUGUGAUUAAAGAAAAGUGUUUUCCUUUCCAACAUCCAUCUAUUGCGUCCGCAUGGGAAAAUAUAGCAUACGUUUAUGAACAGACUCGUGACUUCAAAAAAGCAAUAAUGUAUUAUAGAAAAGCGGCUGAUUGCUAUUACGUUAAUUAUGGACGCUAUCAUCAAAAAUAUGUUAACGUGGAAAAAAGUAUUCGACGUGUGGAGACUAAAAUGAAAUAA